AUGUUAGGAAUACCAUUCCUUCAAAAUUAUAUCAAUUCCGUUGUUCGUGAACAACCUUUAUCUGAUAGUACAGAUUGGUUAAAUUAUUAUGCUACUUCAAUAAUGUUAGCAUUUUUUGCUUUUGCAAUUUCGGCAAAACAAUAUUUUGGAUCACCUAUACAAUGUUGGGUACCAUCUGAAUUUAGAGGUGGAUGGGAAAAAUAUGCUGAAGAUUAUUGUUUUAUUAAUAAUUUUUAUCAUGUACCAUUUGGUGAAAAUAUACCUGAUAAUGUUUCUGAGAGAGAAGAUCAAAUAUCAUAUUAUCGUUGGGUUCCAAUAGUUUUGUUUAUUCAAGCUGUUUGUUUUUAUUUACCAAAUUGGAUUUGGAAUACACUUCAUAAACAUACUUCUGUUAAUCCAAAAGCUAUUGUUAAUGAAGCAAGAAAAUGUAAGGGAUUAAAUGGAGCUGAUCGUGAGCAAGAAAUUGAAAUACUUUCUAAAUAUAUAUGUGAAAGUGUUAUGGAAUUUGAUCAUAAUGCAUCAAUAAAAAUUUCAACAGCUAAAAGUGGAUAUAAUGCUACAGCUUUAUAUUUAAUUACUAAAUUGUUAUAUGUUAUCAAUGCCAUUGGUCAACUAUUUUUAUUAAAUCAUUUUUUGGGAGGAGAUUAUCUUAAUUGGGGAUUUGAAACAUUAUAUGAUGUUGCUAAUGGAUAUGAUAUUAAAGAAAGUACCAUAUUUCCAAGAGUUAUUAUGUGUGACUUUCAAGUAAGAGUAUUAGGAAAUCUUCAAAGACACUCUGUUCAAUGUGUUAUUAUGAUGAAUAUGAUAAAUGAAAAAUUAUAUCUUUUCUUAUACUUUUGGUUAAUAUUUAUUGCUAUCUUAUCAAUUUUUAGUUUUCUUUAUUAUCUUGUUGUUAUGACAAUUCCAAAUUUACGUGAAAACAAUGCUAUUCAUUUCUUAAAAAAAGAAUGUAGAAAAAGUGGAUUAUUUAGAGAUUCACCAAAAUUAAAUAGAUUUGUUCAUAAAUUUUUACGUCCAGAUGGUGUUCUUGCCUUAAUGUUUAUACGUGAAAAUAUAGGUGAUCGUAUUGCUUAUGAUAUUGUAAAGAAGAUGUUUGAAAAUUAUAAAAGAUUUUAUAAUGAUUAUGAAGUAAAUAAUGGUUCUCAUCAUAGAUUACUUAAUCAUGAAUCAGAAAGUAACUCAACGGUAUCAACUAACACACCAGAAAAAAAAGUUCCAAUAUCAUUUCAUUCACCAAGAAAUUAUGACAAUGUUUCAGAAGAAACAUACAAAUCAACUCCAUAUAACCCAUCAAGAUUAUUACCAAUUUCAAAAAAUAAUCAUAAUGUAAAUUAUCCAAAUCUUCCCAGUAUUGAUGAUGUAGAUCACAAUAACAUUGGAACACUUCGCCUUGAUGAUAUUAUUGAUAAAGAAAAUAAUCCAAAUGUACCUCCAAUAUCACCUUCAAUGCAAUCUAGUGUCUAA